GCGGCGGGGCCGGGGAUGCAGCUCCCGGCGGGGCCGGGCGCCCUGGCCGCCCCCCUGCUCUCCAUCCCCGUGGCCUUCGGCAUCACCGGCGCCACCGCCCUGGCGGACAACCCCCCACUGCUGGUGCUGACGGUGACCCUGGUGCUCCUCGGCCUCUUCUCCGUCAUCCUCCUCGUCGGCGGCGUGAGCCACUUCCAGGACCCCCUGUUCUGUGUGUUCGUGGUGUUCUCCUUCGUCUCCGGCGUCGACCUCAUCAUCGCCCUGGAGGAGGACGGGUUCAUCUCUGGCUUCAUGGAGCUCUAUGUCAGAGAGGUACCACCCCACCCAACCCCACCCUGGGCCCUGCUCGUGUGGGGCUGGAUGGGGAGCAUCCCAAAUUCCAUGGGGAAGGAGCUCCGAGGUGCCUGUUCCCGGUGUCUCUGCAGGAAGAACUACAGGAACCUGGGGCUCUUCUGGCUGGGCUCGCUGCUGAUGAGCGUCGUGGUCUUCCUGCUGGGGAACAUGAUCGGGAAAUACAGCUCCGAGCUCAGCCUCUCCUUCCUGCUCAACCUGCCCUACAUCCUCCUCCUCCUCUGGGCCGGGGCGAGGCUGUUCCAGCAGCCCAGGGAGCCGCUGCUCCUCAGCCCCGAGAAGGUGGCGGAGGAGCAGCGCAAACCCCUGUACCGGCGGCCCCAGGACGCGGCCCUGGUGCUGGUGCUGCUGCUCAUGGCCUCGUUCACCUUCUUCAGGGGGAUGGUGGUUCUGGACUGUCCUGCCGACUCGUGCUUCGAGUACAUCUACCAGCACGAGCCGUACCUGCGCGACCCCGUCGCCUACCCCAAAGUGCAGAUGCUGAUCUACAUGUUCUACGCCCUCCCCUUCUUCCUGCUCUGCAUCUACGGGCUGGUGCUGCCCGGCUGCUCCUGGCUGCCCGACUGGAGCCUGGUGUUUGCCGGGGCCGUGGCACAGGCUCAGUUCUCCCACCUGGGCUCGUCGCUGCACGCCCGGACCCCCUUCCCCUACCAGACCCCCGACGACGUCCUGUGGAGCUUCCUCCUCUCCAACAUCCUCUACGCGCUGGGCCCGCAGCUCCUGGUGCUCCGCUGCCUGCGCUGCCCCGCCUUCUUCCUGCCCCCCGCUCCUGCCGGCCUGCUCCGGGCAAAGAAACACCAGUGACGGGGCCUGCCCGGCCCGGGGGGCUGCUGUGCCCACCCUGGGGACUGCUGUGCCCACCCGGGGGGCUGCUCUGCCCACCCUGGGGGCUGCUGUCCCCACU